UAGGAAUGCCGAGAUGGGCUGCAGCCGAGAAGAGAGGCCUAACAUAACCUCAUAGCUAUGCGGAGAGCUUGUUGUUUAGGCUCGCGAUGAUACGGUCACGUAGCAGUACGUGCUUUCGCAACGGCUUGGUUAUUUUUUAAAUUUAUUUUUGGAGCUGUGGAAAGACUUUUAAUGUUCGCCUUGGAUGCUCGAGUUAUUUUUGAAUCUUAUGGCUUUCCGUGAGAAUCUGGUACAGUCGGGCGCGGAACGAAAAAACUUCGUUUUCCUCAACGAUUGUUCGACAUUUUUUCUACGAGUCAGUAUCGAUUAGCGAAGAAACCGUAAAAAUAGCCUCGAUGUUGCCGAUGGUUAUUUUCAGUCCGAUAAAUAUACAGCGCCGAGAGCAGUUUAUUCCUCAAAAAUACAGCGCUUAUCGAUGGCUCUCCCGCAGUUCACGAGUGUAAACAAACGACUCCGAGGAACUAAUAGCGAGUAUAUAGUUAGCCCCCUUGUCGCGAAAAUGAAUCUCCGAAAAUCGGACACAAGCCUAAGAAUAACCCAACCCCGAAGCGUUGUGACACCCUAUUUCGAAUUUUAAUCGCGCACGUUAAAAACCAUUCAACAGUGUAAACAGCCGCUUGACAAUCCGCCAGCGCAGCGGUUUCCCGCAGAAACAAAGCCCAUCGGCACUUCUCAUUGUCAUUUGCCCCGCGCUCGCGCGCGCGAACUCUUUCACCACCUUAUGUCCACUUCAGUGCGGUGUAAAUUUAGCAAAGCGCAAAAAAGGAAACCAGAGCACGGAACGCGGUCGGAACUCGUUUUUAAUCAACCGGUAGCAUUGGCUAAUUUUUCACAGGCGAGUCAAAUUUUUCAAUUUUUAAUAUACGGGUAGACAUUCCAAGCGAAAAAAAAAAAUCGCGUAACAUCACUCGGCCCAUUGUGUAAGCGACAGAAAAGCUCCGGUGUUGCGCGUAAGACCAAAGCCUCACGUACACAAGCGCGGAGAUCAGAGAGACAAAGCAGCAGCAGCAGCAGCGGGUAUCGUCGAAAGAGAAAGUGCCGGUGUUAUGUAAAAGUUAUAGUCGAGUGUCCGAAUCUGCAGUACAACCGCGUGCCGCCACCGCCGCCGCCGCCGCUGGUGUACGUUGCAUUCACCUUCCGAAGGCCGUCGCGCCUCUGGCAUCCAGUAGCGCAGAGAGAACUCACUCGCUCGCGUACAGCCGAGUGCGAUCGAUCGGUUUUAUACAGCUGCAUGGAUCGCGAUCAUCGAUCCUUUUCGUUGUAUGCAGUGCUUAACCUGUGCAUCGCGCGGAUGUACACUUUCUUCGAGGAAGUGCGAGGCUGACGCCUUGAAGAUGCGGAAGUUCUCGCUGUUAGGCUUCGGCCGCUAAUGUGCUAAGUUUGGAGGUGAUACGGAGAUACGCGUGAGGUUUUUUUUUUUCAAAAAGGGAAAGAGAGUACUCCUUUUCCCGCCGGUCAACAAUUACAGGCGGUUUCUCAUCCACCAACUGGUCCAGGACAACUUCGGCGAUCUGCUGCAGACGUUCUCCAUCGGCCAGGGCUACGCUAGGAGGACCGUCGUCUGCUACAAGUCCGAUUUCAUAGGGCCACCGCAAGUCAAUGGUGUUUCGUCGCAGGCGACGAACAACGGCACUGGUAAAUCUUCGGACAGGAUGGGAAUUGAGAGUCAGUGCACGCCGACUGCCUCGCCCGAACACAGCGCUAACAAAUCCAGACAGGUAAAAUCCACGCCUGCCUACGAAAUCUACCGGCCGCCAGCAGCGAGAAGAGCGAGGCUCGAAAAAUCCCCUGCUGGACCAGCAUCAACUGAACCAACGCAAAUGUCUUCGGACGCUUCAGCGAGGGCGAACCGUCAGAAACGACCGGAUCGCGCUGUAUAUGUUCCCCGUCACCGACGCGGUGCUGCUGACGUCGACGUUCCCCCACAGGAUCCUCCUACUCCUCCGAAACCAUCGAAAGAGUCGUCUCGCUCGACUCCCAAACCUAUGCCAAUUGAGAAAAUGCAGACUGAUCCACAACCGUCGGUGCCCAAGGAGAUGCCAACAGCUGUGACUCCAGCUCCGGAAACUAUAAUCGAAAAAAUAGACGAUUACAACGAAACGGAAAAAGCAGACCAAGAGAUUCCGAAGGAGACGCCGCCGGCUAACGAUCUCCCAGACGAGAGAAUGGAGGAGGACGUCGUUACGAAGUCGGAAGUGCCUCUCGAACCGGUCUCUACCCCGGAAGCGCCAAAGGAGGAAGCGAAGCCCGAGAUCGCGGAAUCACCCGUUUGCCUUGACGAAUCCGACAAGCGAGAUCGGAGAAAAUCCGACGAGAUUGUGCGCGAGCCCGUAAACGAAAGCGCUCAGAAACGCGACGAGGCGAUACGCAACAAGCGCAACGAUAACAAAGCCGUUAAGAAGGCCUUGAUCUCGCCGGUGCUCAUAAUUUCGACAAAAGAGGAGGAGGAGAAGGAGGCGAAGAAAUCACCGGCUCCGGUUUUUCCGGUUGUCGCGAUGACGCCACCCGAGAAGAAGGUCAAGAAGGUCGAGAGGCCGAAGAGUAAGCCUGCACCGCCACCCGCGCCACCCGUGAAAAUCAAUCGAGACGAGGCGGACUGGGACAGCUUGUUUGACGACAACGGCGACUGCCUUGACCCCACGCUAAUCGAGGAGUUGUCGUCUGCAGUAGGCGAAGUAGUUAUAGAGAAACCAAAAAGCAAAUCCUUUACGCGACCGGUCGAGGUAUCGAACGACGAGUACGGCCAUGUCCUGGAGAUUUAUAACUUUCCAUCUGAAUUUAAAUCAAGUGAUUUAGUCGCCGUGUUUAGUCCCUUCAAGAGUAACGGCUUUGAACUGAAAUGGGUGGAUGAAACACAUUGCCUUGGAGUAUUUAGCAGUCCCCUAGUUGCUGCUGAGGUUUUAGCUUCUGAUCACCCAUUCGUUAAAACAAGACCCUUGAGCGAGGCUACUGCUUUGAGUAAAUCAAAAGCUAGACGAAGUUCCGAAUUCCUACAGCCUUACCGAACUCGUCCAGAGACUUGUGCUGCGCUUGCAAGGCGUUUGGUCACGAAAUCUCUUGGCGUGACUCUUGCCACUGCAAGACAGGAACGCGAACAAGAAAAAAUCUUAUUGCGGGAAGCCAAAGAAAAAAAGAGGCUAGCAAACAAACAACGUGAAGACGUUUGGGAGGGCAUUAUUACAGAAAAGCCAACGACGUAGGCUCUUUUAUACAAGAAGUUUAUAUGUUAUAAGCCAAUGCCGAAUCGCGUUGUAGUUUAACGCAACUGUAUGUGCCUUGUACUGAAAGGGUUCAGGAACAUUAUUAAUCACGUUUCGUGAUUCCCACAAACAGUUUUCUUUACGUUUAAAAUUAAGUUUAGUUAAACUGAUGCCUUAGACUAUGAAGAGUACGAAAAAGUAUCUUUUUUACUUUAAUGAUACUCAUAGAAGAUUCUCUAAAAGUAACGUUAAAACUUUUAUUGCGCAAUCCUUUUAGUUUUUAGAACGUUUAAUUCUUUUAAUUUUUUUUUUAACUGUAGAUGAAAUAGACUUGAUCAAUAAUACUACCGAUCUUUUUUUUUUUUUCAUUUUUUCUUAGUUAUUAUUCACAGUAGAUAAAACAGGCUCAAUUGAUAAAUAUACUAUCAAUUCUUAGGAAUCUAUUUUACUCUAACAAGAUAUCAUUAGAAAUGAUAACGGGGUAAUUUUUAUUUAAGUUUCACGUUUAGGAGAAUCGUCAAUACGUUUCCAACGAUGUAACGAAAAAAUAUUUGUAUUAUUUUUAUCGAUAUUGCUUAAGUUUAUUUUACAUUUCUGAAAGUUGUAAUUUCACUAGAAAAUUCAUAGAAAAAUCAUUAAUCAUGACCAUCUAGACAAUAAAAAGUGAUUUUGAAUUGUGCAUUGUUAAUGAACAUUGAUAGAUUUACUGCAAUUUGUGAUUCGCAACAUUAUUCGAUGAAAAACCUGUUAUGCCUGAAGUUAUUUGAUGAUUCAUGAUAACCGCAAGUGAUUUUUUACGCACAAUCUUACGGAUCAUAUAGAAAUAAAGACUCAUGAAAGUUUA